UUAGAUUAACAAGAAUUUAAGCUUUCUGACAAAAUCUGAUAUGUCGAAGUCCUGGGAAAUGUUCUUGUUACUUACAACCUCAUGCUAAUCGCAAUAGCCUACGUUAGCUCAACCGUCACGCAGGGGACCAACUCCUGAAUAAGUUUUUUUUAACUAAAUGGCAGCCAUUCGGUGACUGUGGAUCUUCAUGGUAGUUUGCAGGUAUUUUGUAUAAUGCACGAGAUUGGUUUAUCAGUGAUCUUUUUUUCCCAAAUACAACAUACCCGGAAAUGACAGCUGUUUCUUCUUCCUGUGAAUUGCAUUCGUCAGUGGUCAAAUUGAGUAAACAGAAAUGUACAUUUGGUUGGUAACGUUACAACUCAUUUGUUGUCGCACGGUGUUAACAUGGCUUGAAUUAAAUACAUUUAAUGCAUUUUGGUUGAUCCAUCUUCCCCUGGAUUUCGACAAGUUGUAAAAUAAAGACGGCCUUGGAAAGAGCGCGCGCGGAUAAUUGCGGGCUGUGCGUGUGACAUCACACAUAUCCAUUACUAGCUCUUCUCGGCAUUGCUCGGGUUUGUAUUUAGGGGGAUGGGGCCGUGCAGAGGAUGAUAGAGCUCUCAUGGUGUUGUUCUUUACUUUUUGGCUAAAUCCUUCCACUUCCUAACCGAGCCACCCACAUUGUUUUAUAUAUAGUACCCAUUCACGUAUGUAUUUUGGCGACGUUUGACCGGAGAAAAGUGGAGUAUCCGUACGACCACGGUGCACGCUGAAAAACUACAAAAUGUAUUCCAGUGGAGCUGCUGGAGCUGCUGAGAUGCUUGAACCACCUCACUCCUCGGGGUCAAUUGGCUCUGACCCCUCAGAUCCAGAUCCCCCGUCUCCCCCAGUGCCAGAGUAUGUGUUCAAACCCCCCUCGCGGCCAGACUUUGGCACCAUGGGCAGGACAAUCAAACUGCAGGCCAACUUCUUUGAGAUGGAGAUCCCCAAACUGGAGGUCUACCACUACGACAUUGACAUCAAGCCAGAGAAAUGCCCCAGAAGGGUCAACCGGGAAAUUGUGGAGCACAUGGUACAGCACUUUAAAACGCAGAUCUUUGGGGAUCGAAAGCCAGUGUAUGACGGGAGGAAGAAUCUCUACACAGCCAUGCCCUUACCUAUAGGCAGGGAAAAAGUGGAGCUGGAGGUGACCAUCCCAGGCGAGGGGAAAGACCGGAACUUCAAAGUGGCCAUAAAGUGGGUGUCCUGCGUCAGUCUGCAAGCUCUUCAAGAAGCCCUGUCGGGACGACUGCCAAACAUCCCCUUUGAGACCAUCCAGGCCCUGGACGUGGUCAUGAGACAUUUGCCCUCUAUGAGGUACACCCCCGUCGGACGUUCUUUCUUCACCCCUUCAGAGGGAUGCUCCAACCCCCUGGGCGGGGGCAGGGAGGUCUGGUUUGGGUUCCACCAAUCGGUUAGGCCUUCCCUGUGGAAGAUGAUGCUAAACAUUGACGUGUCAGCCACCGCCUUCUACAAGGCCCAGCCUGUGAUUGAGUUCAUGUGUGAGGUUUUGGAUUUCAAAAGUAUCGAAGAACAACAGAAACCCUUAACCGACUCCCAGAGAGUAAAGUUUACCAAGGAAAUCAAAGGUAAUCAUUCAUUACCAGGUCUGAAGGUUGAGAUCACUCACUGUGGUCAGAUGAAACGGAAGUACAGAGUAUGUAAUGUUACCAGAAGACCGGCCAGCCACCAGACGUUUCCACUGCAGCAGGAGAAUGGCCAGACCAUAGAAUGCACAGUAGCGCAGUACUUCAAAGACAAGUACAAACUCAUACUGCGCUACCCCCACCUUCCCUGUCUACAGGUCGGACAGGAGCAGAAACACACCUACCUCCCCCUCGAGGUCUGUAACAUAGUGGCUGGCCAGCGGUGCAUCAAGAAGCUGACCGACAAUCAAACAUCCACUAUGAUCCGUGCCACAGCCCGAUCGGCACCUGACCGUCAGGAAGAGAUCAGCAAACUGAUGAGAAGUGCCAACUUUAACAAUGAUCCUUACGUGCGUGAGUUUGGGGUGAUGGUGAGGGAUGAGAUGACCGAGGUGAACGGCAGAGUCCUCCAGGCCCCAUCCAUACUCUAUGGAGGGCGGCAGAAUAAAGCAAUAGCAACUCCCAUCCAGGGAGUGUGGGACAUGAGGAACAAGCAGUUCCACACUGGCAUAGAGAUCAAGGUGUGGGCCAUCGCCUGCUUCGCCCCACAGAGACAGUGUACUGAACUCCUGCUUAAGGCGUUCACAGACCAGCUGCGUAAGAUCUCUCGCGACGCGGGGAUGCCCAUCCAGGGCCAACCCUGUUUCUGUAAGUACGCUCAGGGGGCGGACAGCGUGGAGCCCAUGUUCAAACACCUGAAGUACACCUACCAGGGCCUGCAGCUGGUGGUGGUCAUCCUGCCUGGAAAGACACCCGUCUAUGCUGAGGUGAAGCGUGUUGGUGACACGGUGCUGGGCAUGGCCACCCAGUGUGUCCAGGUCAAGAAUGUUCAGAAAACCACUCCCCAGACCCUCUCUAACCUCUGCCUGAAGAUCAACGUCAAGCUGGGCGGGGUCAACAACAUCCUCCUCCCACAGGGCAGGCCCCUGGUGUUCCAGCAGCCAGUCAUCUUCCUGGGUGCUGAUGUCACUCACCCUCCUGCUGGAGAUGGGAAGAAACCCUCCAUCGCUGCAGUGGUGGGGAGCAUGGACGCCCACCCCAGCCGCUACUGUGCCACGGUGCGGGUGCAGCAGCAUCGCCAGGACAUCAUCCAGGACCUGGCCACAAUGGUCAGAGAGCUGCUCAUCCAGUUCUAUAAGUCCACCCGCUUCAAGCCCACCCGGAUCAUCUACUACCGCGACGGCAUAUCUGAGGGCCAGUUCAACCAGGUUAGACUUGAGGUGCUCCAACAUGAGUUACUGGCAAUCCGUGAGGCCUGCAUCAAACUGGAGAAGGACUACCAGCCCGGUAUCACCUUCGUGGUGGUGCAGAAGAGACACCACACUCGACUGUUCUGCAUGGACAGAAACGAGAGGGUUGGUAAGAGUGGCAACAUCCCUGCAGGCACCACAGUGGACACCAAAAUCACUCACCCAUCGGAGUUUGACUUCUACCUGUGUAGCCACGCUGGCAUUCAGGGGACCAGCCGACCGUCCCAUUACCACGUGCUGUGGGACGACAACCAUUUCACCUCGGACGAGCUGCAGGUGCUAACCUACCAGCUGUGCCACACCUAUGUGCGCUGCACCCGCUCCGUGUCCAUCCCAGCACCAGCCUACUACGCCCACCUGGUGGCAUUCCGUGCCCGUUACCACCUGGUGGAUAAGGAGCAUGACAGUGCGGAGGGCAGUCACACGUCGGGACAGAGCAAUGGGCGUGACCAGCAGGCUUUGGCCAAGGCAGUUCAGAUCCACCAGGACACACUGCGCACUAUGUACUUCGCCUGAAGCACCGGGGGCGGGCAUUGGUGAGACAGACCCAACAGGGAAGAAGCCUUCUCUCCUCCCACCUAACCCCCUUACUGUAUCAGGUGUGGGCGUUAAGUGGGUUUGUCGUCUUGUCUCUCCCUGCCAGUAAGGGGGAAUGAUACCAAACAAAUUAGGGAGGUUUUUUUUCUCCAAUGUCCACAAUUAUUUUCAAACAUGCAUACAAAACCUCUUUCUCCCCCCCUUCCUGGCCUAACCCUGGUCGUUAUUAGGAGUACUAUGUGAAAUGGGUUGUGGUGGAGUGGACUCCUUUAUUUUACAUGUUGUACAUUUGUUUGUAUUUGUAAAUGUGGGGGAGAGAUUUGUAUUACUUUUCUUUACACUGACAGUUGGAAAUACUUGUAUCAAACUAAGGGGCGGUAUCAUCACACUUUGGUGGCGUUUAGACACUAUACAGUUUUCUGAAGGGGUCUCCAGGGUUGAAAGGAGGUGGGGAUAUCAAAGACGAGAACGGUCCGAUUGGUUUAUAAUCAUUCUUACUCUUCACAACUUUAUUUAUCAGCCAAUCAAAGCAAAGUGCACUGACCAGGACUUAAGUACACAAGUACUUAACAUCUUAUCUUUUCAUUUGUAUGUACUAUGAAUUUAACAGGCUUGGAUACAGUACCAGCCUCAAGAGUAUUUGUCCUCCAACACUGGUGACCAACACGUUUUUAUGCUGCAUCUGAUGACCGUUAAGCAAGUAAUUUUUGUAUUAGAUUUUCAUUAGACUUUGAAACUGUUAACACUUAUUUUUUAUCAAGACUUAUACAAAUUAAUAAUAUGAAAUUGUAACGACAGCAAUUUUUGCUGUCUUGCCUUUUACUUGGACUGGGUUGUUUUUUCAAUCUAUGGCCAGUGUGGCCAGCGAAUAGAUUUACUAAUAGAAUGGGACUGGUUCCCAACAGACACCUUUUGUGUUCUCUGAGCCACAUUACAUGUGAAGACAUCUACAUUGGGGGGGUCAAGUCUCUUGAAAUGAAAUCUGUCUCGUUUUAGUGUCCCCCUUAUUUUCAUGCAAUCUAUUUUACGAAUUUGUGCGUAGAUCACUUACACGUUCGUUUAAGCAUUUGGAUAUUGUUAACCCUAUCUAGUUUUCUUUAUGGUUUUAUGGCAGUGAAAUGGUUUUCUCCUGACUGGGGGGGGGGUGUAGUUGUAAUGCUGUCAUCUUGUAGUACAGUUGAUGUAUGAAUCGGUAUAGUAGAGUGAAGCCUGUGAUGUCAAUGUCACACGUGUAGGUACUGGACUGAAGAUGGGGUGGGGUUCUAUUGGGGGAGAAAAGAUUCCUGAGACUGCUAGAUAUUUUCUCUUUGUUAUUCCUCUUUAAAAAAAAGGGAGCAAUUAUGCUAUUCUACUAGUCGAGCAAAGUUGUACUUUUUUUCUCUUUUUUUUUUUAGGCAAGUAGUUUAAUUGUGGGCUUUGUAUCAUAGCCUCAUGGGAUAUAAGGUAUAUUUUGAAUACGCUUUUAGAAGAGAAUGCUAAAAUGAUAGAAGGAAUUUAAAAACGAUUGUCCGGUAUGUAGUUAUAAAGAAUAUUAAAACGACAAAAAAAUAUUUGUAAAAAAAAGUUUAUGCAGAGCUUGCAUGAAGAAAUGGUAAUGCCUUCCAAAAUGUUUUAUUUCCCUUUUCUGUUCUCCUUAGUAAUGACAUUUCAGCAGGGGUUUUUCAUAUAGCUUAGAUUGGCUGGCUUUUAUCUCGCUCUUUUCUAACUAUGCAUUGUUUUUAACCAAGAGAUUUUAGCAGUGACCUUUCCCAAAUAUGAAUUUAGGACAUUUGUAGAGUAGUAGUUUUUUGUUGCUUGGUGUGUUUUAAUAGCAUUUGUAGUGCUUCUUCCCUAGACCUUUGUAAUGGUAUGGGGGGUUGUAUUGUAUAUUUGAUAGCACAAAAAAUUCGGUAUAUACUUUGUAGAACACACAUCACUCUUCUUAGCCAAACAAGAUUACACAUUUUAUACAAAAUUCAUGUCCUAAAGAAACUGAAGCACAAGAGACCAUUUUUAAUUCCAGGUGCUCGACUUUCUCUUUCACUAAUGUCACCUUAAAUCUCAAUGGACUUGUCCAAGAUGCUCUUCACUUGCCAUAAGUAUGGUAAUAGACGCUGAAGUGGUUUUGAAUACUUUUUUUUUCUCUCUCUACCUUAAUGACAUUUCUCAUUUACCUUAAGUCAUCCGAAGUCCGACUGACUGUUUGUGGAGCAUUCUUAGAAAUCAAGUACUUGAUAUUUACUUGGUUUUUUUCCUUUUUCUUUGCUGGUCUUGUGAUUUUGUAAAUUUAAUGCAUUUUUGAUAGUAGUGAACAUAGAUUCCAUUGAUUGGUCAAGCCAAGCAGGAGACCCGGACAUACAUUAUGUGCAAUUGUGUUGAAAUGGCUGUGUGUUCUACCUCUUGUUACCUGUUCAAGUGUUAUGGUAACGUCACACUGAUGGUCAUUUCUUCAUAAUUACACAGGAUAUUAUAUCUGGUUGUCAUGUAUGACAGUCAGUGAACCUGCGUUCUGUAGUCAUAGUUUCACAGUUCUUGUGUGGGAUCUUAAAUCUUGUUCAAGAUGUUUCCAAAACAAACAAACAAAGUGAUUUGAGAGCAAAUUAUUUGAUCGUAACAAGCUUUUUAUUUUAAUUGUUUUCUGCGCCAAUGCAUUAAUGUUUAGCACCUCAUUGCAUAUCUUUGGAGAUAGAUGGAGUUGCCUAACAGACUGCGUUGUAAACAUGUUGGUAAAGCCAAGGCUAACAAUUUAGCUGCUCACCCACAAUUUGAUGAUUAGUAUUGUUCAUUGACAUUUUUCUUUUUAGCUAUUUGCUUAAUACUUUUGAAUAUGCAACAUGUACUGUUCCCAUAGAUACACAUGGGGUACAUAGACAUGUACUGCUCUGCUCCCAUAGAUACACAUGGGGUACAUAGACAUGUACUGCUCUGCUCCCAUAGAUACACAUGGGGUACAUAAACAUGUACUGCUCUGCUCCCAUAGAUACACAUGGGGUACAUAGACAUGUACUGCUCUGCUCCCAUAGAUACACAUGGGGUACAUAGACAUGUACUGCUCUGCUCCCAUAGAUACACAUGGGGUACAUAGACAUGUACUGUUCCCAUAGAUACACAUGGGGUACAUAGACAUGUACUGCUCUGCUCCCAUAGAUACACAUGGGGUACAUAGACAUGUACUGCUCUGCUCCCAUAGAUACACAUGGGGUACAUAGACAUGUACUGCUCUGCUCCCAUAGAUACACAUGGGGUACAUAGACAUGUACUGCUCUGCUCCCAUAGAUACACAUGGGGUACAUAGACAUGUACUGCUCUGCUCCCAUAGAUACACAUGGGGUACAUAGACAUGUACUGCUCUGCUCCCAUAGAUACACAUGGGGUACAUAGACAUGUACUGCUCUGCUCCCAUAGAUACACAUGGGG